AUGUUGUACUGGACCAACUGCAUAAGGUUUCUGAAGGUGGAGUGUGUAGAGGGGGGCCAGUGGGAGGAGGGGGGCUGUGAACCCAUUCCCUGUCCAUCUCUACCUGCUGUCUAUGAGGGCAUGUUCACCUGCACCAACGGCAGGCACUACAACAGCCUCUGUACCCUCCAGUGUCCUCACGCCUCGGAAAACCACACAAUUCGCUGCACUAAAGAUGGAGAGUGGACAGAGAAGUUCACAAUGUGUACAAGGUUGAAUGAAGCCUGCCCACCUCCACCUGAUGUCAAUCGGGUUCAGUAUGCCUGUGACGAGGGCUUCAGUGUUGGUGCAGUUUGCUACCCAACAUGCAGUGCGGCCUUGCAUGACCCAGUGGUUCUAGCCAAUAGCACCACAGCAGACAGCGUCAAGCACUGGAUGCUGCCAGGCAGGGUUCAGGACAUUGUUUGCACAGGAAUGACGAGGUGGCAUCCUGACCCCAAACUCAUCCACUGUAUCCAGUCAUGUGAGCCCUUUGGGGGAGAUGGUUGGUGUGACACCAUCAACAACAGGGCCUACUGCGAGUAUGAUGGAGGGGACUGCUGUCCAUCCACCCUCUCAACCAGAAAGGUCAUUCAGUUUGGGGCCGACUGUGAUCAGGAUGAAUGCACUUGCCGUGAUCCAAAUGCAGAGGAGAACAAGAGCAAAGCCAAAUACUUGGAAGCAGGACUGCUAUGAACGAUGGAACGGGAUAGGCCAAGGCUGGCUCACAAUGAAACAACAAGAUGAACUUCACCCCUGGACAUGAUGUAUUUCCAGUUUGUUUUCCUAUUAGAGAGCAAUGAACGCUAUCUCUUCUUAACCAAAAAUUAAAACAGUGUUUCAAGAUUGUAGCUUUUAGGAUUUCAACACAAUAACUAAUCUGUAAAGACGACUAACUUGUAUAGAAUAAUAUAUUUGGGAAAUCUCUAAUGUCGCAUGUAGAUGUAGUUACUGAGGUCUACAGUAUUUCAACAUCAUAUCACAUAAUACACAUGUAAGCAUAUCAUAGGUACCUAACUUAACACUUUAUGCUUAGAGAGUUGUAAGAUGUAGCAGUUUUCUCAAGAAAUAUUCCAAACAAAUAUUAUACCUAAGUGUCGUCUUGUUCUGUGUGAUACUAUACUGUAUUUUACUCUUGAUA